AUGAAGGGACGUAUGUUCUGCGCUUCGCAAGCAUCAACAGCCAUAUGUUCAAGCAUGGACCACAAUCACAAAUCAACCACCACCAACGACGUCGUCAAGAAUGAACAAAGCAUUGGCCGAGCUAUCGACCGCCACAAUCCGAUCAUUAAAGAUGGCCGGAGAUCCACCGUCGACGACUACAUUAGAAUACCCGCUUCUCCCGCCGACGGUGAGAUGAGUGAAAAGAAACUAGAGACCUAUAAGGGGAGGAGGAGCUUCACUGGCCGGAAAAGCACCGGCGGUGGCGGUGGUGGAGCGGCGGCGCUGUUGAAGCUCAUCACGAAUGACAUGAGCUUGGCGAGGAAGAGUUUCAGCUGUGUUGCGAGACCCGCGUGCGACUUUGUCAAAACCCCUCCCGGCUCAACAAGGUAUCUUUUGGGAUCCGACCCGGGUUGUCUUUCCGGGUCUACGGCUCAUGACCCGGAUAAGGCGGCAACUGCUGAAUCUCCUGCUGGUGAAGAGAUAAAGCCGUCGUCGUUGUUGACGGAGAAAGAGCCUAGUGGUGGUGGUUCAGAGAAGGAGCAGCAGGUCGUUGUUCUCAAAGUGUCUCUCCAUUGCAGAGGCUGUGAAGGAAAAGUUAGGAAACAUCUGGCCAGAAUGCAAGGUGUGACAUCCUUCAACAUAGAUUUUGCUGCAAAGAAAGUGACAGUGACUGGAGAUAUCACUCCCUUAGGAAUAUUGGAUAGCAUCUCAAAGGUUAAAAAUGCCCAAUUUUGGACAGCUCCAACGAUCCCAAAGCCCAAUCUGGAAACUCCAAAUGCCUAA